UAUGGUCGAAAUUAAACCACAUGCUCAAUCGUGAAUAAUUUCCACUCCCCACAACCUCAAUUACGUAAACCUCAAAGCUUUCCACCACUUUCAGUCACUGACACCACCAACCCACAAUGGAGGAUGAGAAGAAGAACACCACUGGUACUGGUGCUGGAGGGUUGCCAGUGAAGGUGGAACCAAAACCCAGUAAUGGUUUCACUUCAAAAGUGAUUGAUUUGUUGGAGAAGCUGGUUGUGAAAUGCUUUUAUGAUUCUUCACUGCCCCAUCAUUGGCUUGCUGGUAAUUUUGCUCCGGUUCAUGAUGAGACUCCUCCUACUAAGAAUCUUCCUGUCAGAGGGUUCCUACCGGAUUGCUUCAAUGGAGAGUUUGUCAGGGUGGGACCUAAUCCGAAGUUUGCUCCUGUGGCUGGAUAUCACUGGUUUGAUGGAGAUGGAAUGAUUCAUGGUUUGCGAAUCAAAGAUGGAAAAGCCUCAUAUGUUUCUCGUUUUGUGAGAACUUCUCGUCUUAAACAAGAAGAAUACUUUGGAGGCUCUAAAUUUAUGAAGAUUGGAGAUCUCAAGGGUCUAUUUGGACUGCUAAUGGUUAACAUGCAAAUGUUGAGAACUAAAUUGAAAGUACUGGAUGGUUCAUAUGGACAUGGAACAGCUAAUACAGCUCUUGUUUAUCACCAUGGGAAGCUUCUAGCACUCUCGGAAGGAGAUAAACCUUAUGCUAUUAAAGUUUUUGAAGAUGGUGAUUUGCAGACACUUGGCCUGCUAGAUUAUGACAAGAGAUUGGACCAUUCCUUCACUGCUCAUCCAAAAGUUGACCCAUUUUCUGGGGAGAUGUUUACAUUUGGUUAUUCACAUACACCGCCAUAUGUCACAUACAGAGUAAUUUCAAAGGAUGGUUUUAUGCAUGACCCUGUACCUAUAACAGUAUCAGACCCCAUCAUGAUGCAUGAUUUUGCCAUCACAGAGAACUACGCCAUCUUUAUGGAUCUUCCUCUGUACUUUAGACCAAAGGAAAUGGUGAAAAAUAAAACACUGAUAUUCUCCUUUGAUUCAACCAAGAAAGCUCGCUUUGGUGUCCUACCUCGGUAUGCUAAGGAUGAUAAGCAAAUUAGAUGGUUUGAGCUACCAAACUGCUUCAUAUUCCACAAUGCCAAUGCUUGGGAGGAGGAGGAUGAAGUUGUUUUGAUCACAUGUCGCCUUGAGAAUCCAGAGUUGGACAAUGUUGGCGGGGCUGUCAAGGAAAAGCUCGAAAGUUUCUCAAAUGAGCUGUAUGAAAUGAGGUUUAACAUGAAAACGGGUGAAGCUUCUCAACAGAAACUAUCAGCAUCUACAGUAGAUUUUCCUAGGGUGAAUGAAAGCUACACUGGCAGGAAACAGCGAUAUGUAUAUGGAACUAUAUUAGACAGCAUUGCAAAAGUUACCGGGGUUGUUAAAUUUGAUUUGCAUGCCAAACCGGAUUCUGGAAAAACAAAGCUUGAAGUUGGAGGAAAUGUUCAGGGUCUCUAUGACUUGGGACCAGGGAAGUUUGGAUCUGAGGCUGUUUAUGUCCCACGUGUCCCUGGCACCGAUUCUGAAGAAGAUGAUGGAUACUUGAUCCUAUUUGCACAUGAUGAGAAUACCGGCAAAUCAUUCGUGCAUGUCAUCGAUGCAAAAACAAUGUCAGCAGAUCCUAUUGCAGUUGUAGAAUUGCCGCAUAGAGUUCCAUAUGGUUUCCACGCCUUCUUUGUGACAGAGGAUCAACUGCAAGAACAGGCCAAACUGUGAUAAUGCGACAGCCUCAGUCUUCUGCACUGCCUCACUUCACUCUGUUCACAUCUUUCUAUAAAUCAGCACUUGUUUGUACUAUAUAUCCGAAAUCACAGUAAACAAUAUAUUUUCCAACACAUAGUGAUACUAAUGGAUUUAUAAUACGAUUAAUGUUAUGUUCAAACUUAAUGUUCAGUCACAAGAGUGAGAAAGAGAGAAAUAUGAGUGAUGAUGAAAUAUUUAUUACAAACAGUUUGGCCUGUUCAAAA